UGUUCCUUGGGUUUAUUUUUAAAUUGCAUUUGGAGACUUGCGUCAAAUUUUAAUAAAGUAAUUUAUAUAUAUCACCUUUUGUUAUCACUUUUUCACAUUUCUUUAUUUUUCUAAAUGAUUUUAGUGGUUAUUUUAAAAAUGAAUUCUUUACGUAUAGUAUAUAACCUGUUUCCACUUGAAAUUGAACUCCCUCAGGUCAUUCAUGGUCGAUAUAGUCUAUCAAAAGUGAUCGAAUUGGAGAGAGAACGUAACUUUGAAGUGUUGGAGCCUGAUCAGGAAGAAUUAUUUGAAAAUGAUGAGCGCGAGAUGAAAACAAUUCCGCUGGAAUAUAUAAGCGAUGAAGAGAAUGAAGAAAAUUUUGAAAAUAAUGAGGAAAGCAAUGAAGGAAAUAACAAUGAGGAAGAUGAGAGUUACAACCACCAAGAAGAGAAUGUUGUGAGUAACCUUCCGAGUACUUCACAAAUUUGUACAACUCCGCGUUUACAUUACGGUUAUUUGCCAACUUACGGUCUCAAAUCAAUUCUUAAGAAUAGCCGUUCGCGUGAAAGGAGCGUCUAUAUUGGAACCGAAAGAUCUAAUCAAACUUUUCCAACAACCAGCAAUCAUUAUAGCACCAAUAAUGAUGGAGAUGAUGAGAGCGAUGAUUUAGAAGAAAUUGAAUGCAUUCAGUAUAUUAAGAAGUCACGUUCAAAUGCACCAGCUAGCCCAACUGGAUCUGAAGUUGAUUUGGCAAUUGCUUACAAAAAUAAUUUGAGUGGAUAA